AUGGCACCCGUUUGUUCGGCCUCCCGUCUCGGCGACUACGGCUCAGUUCCCAGUUCCACCCGGCAACCGGCCAAAACGGAGAUCGACAACGCAUCAUCGACCGGCAGCUCCACUGCCAAGCUUUGUGGCACGGAUCCUGGCGCCUGGGCAGUGGCCACCGAAAAUGAGACGGGCGGCAAAGAACCUUCGGAAACAAUAGGGGAUGACUGGAGCUCCGGAUAUACCCUGAGGACCGAACACAGAGCACGUUUCAACUCUCAACAACCACUCACCAAUCCAAUGCGGCAUAACGCUCCGUUAAUAAGACCUAUAGACUUUUUGGGACUUUGGCCCGAGCCAGACCUCAGAACCCGUUUGGUCACUUGA